GCCAACUUAUGCAAUCCGACUACGUGCACGACCCAUGGCGGACAUGGCCAUCUGCAGGCGCUCGACCACCGAGAUAGUGUCGUCAUCCAAGUGAUACUGGAUGACGUCUCGGAGCUCGAUGUCCUCGGGGGCGUCCCCAAAGGUAGGGUCAAGCUCUGCUGAGGCGUCCUCGCCGUACUCCAGAGAACUUUACCGCCGAGAGAAUGUCACUCCAGGUCGAGCUGGUCAGCGAAACCGGCCGGCGAAAGAGGAUCGACCGCGCGUGGUGCCGCAUGACUGGGUGGCGGCGGUGGUGGAUCACGAAGAAGAUGGGGCGUCGGAGAAGCGACUCCGCAUCUUCUGUGUGGCAGUUGGGGAGAGUGGACAAGGGGUGCUGAAUUCAGCAAGAUGCGAGGUAGAGAGGGCUGUUUCACUAGGAGGGGGUGGGACAGCCAGCUCUGCGGGGGCAUACUCUAGGGGGAAUUGUGUGCUGCCGAGGGAGCGGGAAUGGCCGUUUAGGGGCUGUUCUGAACUGGGGCCGGUGUGCAACAACAAGGAGGAGGCCGAGGAGCAGAAGGAGGACGAGGAGGAGGAGGAAGAGGAGGAACAGGAGGAACAGGAGGAACAGGAGGAACAGGAGGAAGAGGAAGAAGAGGAGGAAGGUGAAAAGGAGGACGAGAAGGAGGAAGAGCAGGAAGAGAAGGAAGAGGAGGAAGAGGAGGAAGAGGAGGAAGAGGAGGAAGAGGAGGAAGAGGAGGGAUAGGACGAAGAGGAAGAAGAGGAGGAAGAGGAGGUAGGGGAACAGGAGGAGGAAAGGGAGGAGGAGGAGGAUGCGGAGGAUGCGGAGGAAGAUGACGGAGAGGACGAAGAGGAAGAAAAGGAAGAAGAGGAGGCAGAGGAGGAAGGGGAGAAAAAGGAGGAGGGGGAGGAAAUCGGUAUAGAUUGUCAUCCUGUUGCGAUUUCGAGUCUCGUCCUGUUCCGCGAUCUCGAUUAGGAUCAUGCUUGUCCUCUUGUUAUUCAGUUUCAUGGCAAUCUCGCUU